AUGCCAAAAGAAAAAAGCAGAAGAGGAGAGGAGAACAUGGAGACAAGAGGCGUGUGCCGGGCACAAGUGUACGAUGAAGUGGACUCCGAGUCACUCUCUAUAAAUAGACCAGAGAUGAGAGUCGGUAGGAAAUCUCGACUGGGGGAGGGGGACACGCAUUUCCUCUGUAUUGAUCAAAGAGCCGAAGAAAGACAGUGGGUGACGCAAAGCCAGCUCGAUAUGGUCCAUGUCAAAUCAGCCGGCGACGCAAUUCGUGGGUAUUCUUUGUUGGGGGACCCGUACCAUAACAAGGGACUUGCCUUCACUGACAAGGAGAGAGAUGCUCACUACUUGGGAAAGACUAUUGAGGUAUUAAAGAACUUCCCUGAGAAGAACAUCCAAGUUAUUGUUGUCACUGAUGGUGAGCAGAUUUUGGGGCUUGGGGACCUUGGCUGUCAGGGAAUGGGAAUUCCUGUAGGAAAAGGUGCUUUAUAUGCAGCGCUUGGGGGUGUUCGUCCUUCUUUAGUUUGGUUUUUAUUGAAGAUGGAAGAUGAUGGAAGAUGGGACAACCGCAAAUUUGAUUCUCUAUCCUGGCGUUUAAUCAUAAAUCAUUAGUCAUAGUGUUGAAAGACGAAAUUGUCCAUUGAAGAACAAUGUCUGCUAUACAAGGCGAUUCAAAUAGCUCACCUCAAGUGGAAGAUAUUAACUUGUUUCCUUAAAGAAUGAGUUUUAUUUUUUUCUUAUUUUGUAAGAAACAUAUGGGUCGAAACUUUACAACUUAAUGUUUCUCUUUAAAUUCA